UGUAAAUUGUAGAGUGCACGGGUGUUCCUUGUCCUUUAUGCGGUGGAAAAGCGGAAUAAAAUAAUACCUGGUGGCUGGGUCUUUUUGAUACUUCUUAUUCAUCGUUAUUUAUUCAAUAGACGUACCUAUUCAAGAAUACGAACCGUAUGUCAUUCUGUCAAUUUAUUUUGACGUUUCACUGGCGAUUGGCAAUUUUACCAAAUGAUGGGGGAGUUGCGUUGGAGCUUGUGAAAAUAAUAAAUUAACAUACGCAAAUACCGUAAAAUAUAAAAUGAAAUAGUGACCUUGGUUCUCUGUAGCGUGAAGAGCGAAAGCCUGAUAACUUCGACAAUGGCGACGCAGCCAAACGACUAUACGGAGUUUCCGCCCGAGAUAAUUUUGAAGCCUCUCGCACUGAUUGGACUGUCGGGGCUCGAUGCAGUCAAUAAUGCAGUUCAUAAGGAAAUAUGGGAUGCAUUCUCUAAUAAUCGUCGCGCCGAUCGGACGCCAGUGCGUUUCAAAUUACUCAACAAUACGUUCGAAUUUCCAGUAGUUAAGCCCAAACGGAAUUCAUAUGAGUGGUACAUUCCAAAAGGGGUGCUGAAGAAGAAUUGGAUUCACAAGCGAGUUUCGCUCAUUCCUGCAGUCGUUGUUAUAUUUUAUGAUAUGGAUUGGAAUGACCCACAAUGGAACGAAAAGAUAAUAGAGUGCGCGUCAAAAGUGCAAUCUAUUCGCGCUGCUGUAGAGGGCCAUUCGACGCGGGUUGCCGUCGUCGUCAUCCAGAGCCGUCUGUCGCCGCCGCCUUCAGAAUACAUGCUCGGAGCCGAGCGGGCGCAGGCUCUGUGUGCAGCCUGCGAAAUACAAUCCAAGUCACUAUUUGUUCUACCCCACAGUGAUCACCUAAUGGGUUACAUUAUUCGCCUGGAAAAUGCUUUCUAUGAUAUAGCCCAAAACUAUUACCAUCAUGAAACAAAAAAUAUAAAACAGCACAGAGAUCAUCUCAAUAAAACUACUCACCAGUAUUUAUUUGUGAGGCAUCAAUUUAAGCUAGGAUAUCUCAAUGAGUUAAAGCAAGACUUGAGCACUGCACACAAGCAUUACAUGCAUGCAUACAACAAUAUUUUGGAGACAAGGAUUGUGGACACAAAUACACAUGAGGUAAGGACUGUGGCUGGGUACAUCAACUAUAAGUUAUGUAAACUAUUGUUUGCUCUCAAUUUGCCAAGAGAUGCCAUAGCCCAACUCAAAUCACACAUUGAAAGAUAUAAAAACAGAGUUGGGUCAACAGAGUUGUUGUUUGAACACUAUGCAUGGAUUGCUAGGCAAUACAGUGCCUUUGGAGAAUUAUUUGAUGAAGCAAUACAUGCAGGACUGCCGGCUAUACAGUCACAGCACCCUGGCUUCUAUUACCAACAUGCAGCACAAUUCACUGUCAAGAGAAGGCAAGCCAUGAGGUCUGUGUGUAGUGAAGCUAUGCAAUAUCCUCCACCCCCUGAUCCGCUGGAAGGCAUUGUCGAAUUUUAUGGUCAGCGCCCUUGGAGGCCUGGACGACUCAGUGCUGAUCCCCAUGACCCACAGAAGGAACAAGCCGCUAUAUUGGCUCUGCAAUAUAAUGAAAGAAUUUUUAAUCACUCAGCUAUGAUCAUCAGCUUCCUUGGUUGUGCCAUCUCUCAGUUCAAAACAUUCCACUCUCCACGAAUGAGGAAGCAACUUGUCGUGGAAAUGGCCAAUGAAUACUUUUACUCAGCUGACUAUGGCAAAGCGCUCACAUUAUUAACACAUAUGCUAUGGGAUUAUAGAAGAGAAAAAUGGUGGUUUUUGGCUUCACAUGUCUUAAAUAGAGCAUUGCAGUGUGCCUAUUUGUCAGGUAAGAUACAAGACUACCUACAACUGUCUAUAGAGGCACUGUCCAAACACAUACAAGUGCCAAACAAUGAUAAGGAUAGAAUAUUUAGAAACAUUAUCUCUGUUCUCAAUUUAAAUAUACCUGCUGCAGAACCAGACUUACCUGCUUCCUCUCAACAGAGAGCUUUGGAGCUGUGGCAAUCAGCUAUUGAGAAAGAACCUCUUAUUGUUCCGGUAGACAUGGCUAACAUUUCCAGCUUUUUAGAAGUAAAGCCAAAAUUUAAACAACAGAGAUACAGAAUGGAUGAAGUCAUAGAAUUAGAAUUGUAUGUCCGACUCCUGUAUACCACAGUCCUUGAAGCAAGGAAUGCCUUUGUAGCCAUAUCUAGUCAUACAGAAACUAUAGAAAUACCAAUCACAGAUGAAGGCAACACUACUAUAUCUUUGCAAGGGGGCAAAGUUAAGAGAUUCUUAUGUCAAUUUAAGCCAAAUCCUCAUGACAGUGGUUCAGAUCUGCACAUUAAAAACAUAUCUUUUGUAAUGGACACUGAUAAAAAACGAAAAAUCGUCAUGAAUUUUAAAAUAGAGGGCAGUAAAGUAACAGAUACUACUAUUCAUCCUGAACUACUACACUUCAUAAGAAGCCCUAAAGCAGACUAUGAAUUCGACAGUAUUGUACCCUUGACAGUGGCUUCAAUCAUUUCACGAGAGUGUAAGUUAUCAUUAUUGGUGACCAACUCUAGUCCUGCACUUCAAGGAGAAUGGUUCCCAUCCACUUUCAGUUUGACAAAUAAUGAAGGCACCUGUGUCUAUGAUGUUAAAAUAACAUUGUCUUUGUUAAGUUCCCCAGAUAAUCCAAACCCUGAUUCUGUCACAGAAUUAAGCCUACAAGAGGGAGAAACACAAGGACAACCUCUCAAAAUACAAGUCGGGCUUAUAAACACCAGUGCUAGCUACUCAAAUACAUUUUAUUUAAAGACCAACAGGACUGCAACCACAACUAUUCAAUUAAAAGUAUCGUACAUAAUUGAUCUUCCUGAAAUAUCCAAAUUGGAAUGUACUAAAGAGUUUACUACAAAAAUUACAGUUAUCAAACCAUUUGAGGUGACUACUAAUUUCGUUGCUAUGAAUUUCAAGACUAUUUCGAAGUGUUUUGUGGAUGAUCCCUUCAUUGUUAUGCCACAAAUAAAAAUAUUAAGUCCCUGGGACUUACUGAUAGUGGAUACUGAGCUUGAGGUUGUGGAAUGCUUUAGAAAUAGUGAUGUUGUGAAGCCAUCCUCAUGUAUUAGUAAUUUAGAAGUUGCUGAACAAAACAUAGCUUCUGAUGCUGUAUGUAUACAAGCUAAGUACAAACCUAAAGAUAACCCUACUAGAGUUGGGCUAUAUAACAUAACGUGGCGGCGCAAAACGAGCACGAGCCACUGUGUGAUGAGCAGCACGGCCUUGUCAGGCCUGCCUAUAGAUGACUGUCCCAUAGCCAUACAAGUCAAUUAUCCACAAGUGGUAGAAUUACUGACAUCAGUCCCAUUGAAAUGUACUUUGCUGGGAAAAUUAAGCACUCCUAUCAGGCUAAGCCUUACAGUUGAGGGCACAGACGCGUACAUGUUCUCAGGAUAUAAAAAAAUAUCUGUAACUGUACCUCCUAAAGGAAAAGUAGAGUUAUGCUACAACAUCCAUCCUCUAGUCGCCGGCAACACCACACCUCCCAGGUUAAAAGCUACCAUCAUUGGUGAUGCAGCAAGUCAAGGAGUAGUGAGUGAAAUGUUUGAUAAAAUCUUUCCACAGAAUAUAUUUGUUAUGCCUAAGUACAAUAAAUGAAAGUAUGCUAUGUUAAUUUCUUAAUUUUAAUAUACUGUAAAUAGUAUUGAACAAAUUGUAUAAGUUAUAUUGUAGUUACCUUGUAAUUAUUUUUAAAUAAUUAAACUCAGUUACUUGUUAAA